AUGAUCUCGUGAAGCCACAAGAUAUGUUAUUACCUGUGCAUGUCAAGCUGGUUGCUUGACACGCAAGACAAUAUAUCAAUACAAGACAGGCUCCGCGCAAGAGGUUUCCAUGUUUUGUUUCUUCUAGAUGCGAGUAAUACAUUCUGUGUCGUAAAUUCCGUCAUGAUCAUGCUGGAGACCCAUGAUUAAGAUGAUGUUGUGGACUCUUACAGUCAUUUCGCCUCGCCAUCCUUUGUUAAUCCAUAUCUGACUCAAAAUUCACACCCACAUGUGCUUUCCAAUCAUACAACUUAUCAACCAAAACAACCAUAGAUAUACUGGCUUCAAUAUACAAUCCUGGAAAGCUACCUCCGAACAUUAAGAUGGACUGUUAUUCUAAGAAUGCGGUAUUCCUCAUGAGUCCUCGGGUCGAGUCCAUCAAACUUCUUUGUUUUUGAUAUUAGCAGUGGCUAGCGGCGGACGCUGUCUUUAGCGUACCAUGAACAUCGGAGCCACGCUACCAACCUACUUUAAGUAGACUUCUCAUGAUAGAGUCCCAUGCAUACUGUGGCGGAACUUGGCGAAGACAAGACCAUGCAUUCCACGUCCCCGGCAUUCAUUGAACCACCAGAAAGAUGGUCAGAAUUCCCGAAGCUUUGUGCUUAUCUUCGAGCUCCUCGUGCUUACUGGAGUUGUCGAGGUCUCCCAUCGAGGUUUCAAUCACGAAGCCUUCUAUUGCGAUUGUCGCAGAACUCUCAUGGCCAUGCGGCUCGCGCACUGACUGUGAACCUAGAUACAUUGCGCCAUGCAGCUUUCCCCGCAACCCGCGCAUGUCAAGAAUGUUAUAAAGCAUCAUAACUCGAGAGAUGAAGAUGCAGAAGACUUCCUCAUCUCGAGCUAGUCCUCCCCUCCUCCUUGCAAAGGUAGCAUACCACCGUCAAAUAUGAAGUUCUCCAACAAGUUCUUCUCGUCCAUCUUUUUGGCAGUUGUCUGUGCUUCCUCUGCGAUUGCUGCGCCAUGGCCCUUCACGGUAAAGCAUGCUACGCACCGCGUCCGAGAGAUCACACCGGACUUGCGAAUUGAGACAUUCCACCUGGAGUCGACAUUUGAGACCUUCGGCGCUGGAAUAGACCAUCCUCUUUCCAAGCGUGCAGAUGAUGACCUCGAGUCUGCAGCGGUCUCCUUUGUGCAGAGCCAUUUGAAAGUCAAGCCCGACACGAUUGCCUUCAAGUCUGGCUUUGCGAACGACGUCGCGCAUUAUGCCUUCGUUCGCCAGCAGAUCAAUGACAUCCCCGUUGCUAACGCUGUUGCCAACGUUGCCUUCAACAACGACAACAAGGUUGUAUCAUUUGGCUCUUCUUUCGUCAAACCUACUAAGGUACCUUCGUCAACACCAUCCAUCUCUCUUGAUGAUGCUAUCUCGAAGGCCGAGAGCGUUCUCAACGGGCGGUUCAACCAGCACCCCUCUACGUUGGAGUUCAUCGCUAAAGAGGAUGGUUCUCUGGCUCUUACGCAUGUCAUCCAAAUUCAAAAUGACGAGAGUGGCUCGUGGUUCGAAGGUUUCAUCGACGCCCACUCUGGCGAGCUUGUGCACGUCACCGACUUCGUGACGAAGGCUUCGUAUCGUGUGCUCCCCAUCACCAAAGAAAUUCUGACUGAGGGAUUCGAGGUCUUGACUGAUCCUCAGGAUCCCCUAGCUUCACCGGAUGGCUGGCAUAGCGACGGCACCACGACCACUACGACCACAGCCGGCAACAACGCUAUUUCGUUCAAAGGCAGCCAAACCUCGACAACGAGUCAAUCGUCAUCUGGCCUAAACUUCAUCUUCACCCAGAACCCUAGCCAAGCGCCAACCGUUCAGGCCAACCUUGAUGCUGCCCGAACUAACGCAUUCUACAUUGUCAACACUAUUCAUGAUAUUUCCUACAGGUACGGAUUCACUGAAGCUGCGUUCAACUUCCAGAACAACAACUUCGGCCACGGUGGUAGUGGCAACGAUCGUGUGACCGUAUCCGUACAAGACUCUGCGGGCAUCGACAACGCUGAUUUCGCUACCCCACCUGACGGUCAAUCUGGUCGUAUGCGUAUGUUCUUGUGGGAUUUGACAAACCCCCAACGCGAUGGUGCGCUUGAGAACGAUAUUAUCUCUCAUGAGAAUACCCACGGUAUCACUAACCGCAUGACUGGCGGCGGAACUGGAAGGUGUCUUCAGACAACUGAAGCAGGCGGUAUGGGCGAAGGCUGGUCCGAUGCUUUUGCCGAAUGGACUGAGCACAAGGAUGCUACCAUUCCGGAUUAUAUUCUCGGUCAAUAUGUCAUCAAUGAUUCCGCUGGUAUCCGGUCCCAUCCUUACUCUACCUCCGCUACUACGAACCCACUAAGAUACUCAAGUCUACAGACCCUCGGAGAGGUUCACGAUAUCGGGGAAGUCUGGGCUAAUAUUUUGCACAACGUCUACGCUGGUCUUGUUGGCGCGCACGGUUUCUCAGCGACCGCCCAUACCGACCCUACUACCACCGGCGGCAACACUGUUUUCCUUCACCUCUUCCUCGACGCCCUCCCCUUACAACCCUGCAACCCCACAUUCUUGACUGCCCGAGACGCCUGGAUCCAAGCCGACGUCAACCGUUUCGGAGGCGCUAACUCAUGCACACUCUGGCGAGCAUUUGCGAGUCGGGGUUUGGGUGUGAACGCCGCCAAUCAUCAAGACGAUGCCACCGUUCCUGCGGGUUGUUAAUCGACUGCUGAAUGUAUCCAAAGUGACGAAUGACCUAUAACGCUAAGUAUGAAGAGACAUUUAUCAUGAAGAUCUGUAUAGCAUUGGGGGGCGAAGAAGCUGAAUUGCAAAUGCAUAAUUUUAUACUACCAGUGAAUGUAAAAACGUGCUCUCAAUGUCGUUGAAAAGCUGAUCUCCAAACCGGUCGGUUGAGCGUCAGCGCGAGCCAAGAUAACGGUCUAGUCUGACCGACGCGAGCAUUGUGUAGAACAAAUCGACCAGCGUAAUUGUGAUAGGCCGUACCACAGGCAUCCC